AUGCAUACGGCUUUUCGUGUCCAACAAAUCAAAGAAAUACAAGAAGGUGAAAUGACCAUAUGGCAAGUUAAACUUACACUCACUAGUGACAGUGACGACCAACAACUUAAUGCUCUUACCCGACGAAUGCGAGAGGAUAUCAUUGGAACAGGAUGGGCACGAAUGGGUUUAUUGUUAUGGAAACUGGGUGAAAAUGACAAAGCAGAAAAGGUGUACACGAUGUUACUCGAACAUGUAUCCGACGAAAGUGAUAGAGCCAUUUGCUAUAAUAACCUUGGAGCGUUCAAAGUCAGCCAAGGAAAAUACAAUGAGGCUGUUAAGUUUUAUGAAAAAUCACUCAAUAUCAAAGAAAAAACUCUCCCUCCGAAUCAUCCCAACUUGGCCAGUUCCUACAACAACAUCGGAGGGGCGUAUAAUAGCAUGGGCGAGUACUCGAAAGCACUUGCAUCGUAUGAGCGAUCACUUGAAAUCCAAAAAAUAGCUCUUCCCCCGAAUCAUCCCGACUUGGCUGGUUCCUACAACAACAUCGGUUUGGUAUACUCUCAUAUGGGCGAGUACUCGAAAGCACUUGCAUCGUUUGGACGAUCGCUUGAAAUCCGAAAAAUAACUCUCCCUCCGAAUCAUCCCGACUUGGCUUCUUCCUACGACAGCAUCGGUUUGCUGUAUUCUCAUAUGGGCGAGUACUCGAAAGCACUUUCAUCGUAUGAACGAUCACUUGAAAUCCGAAAAAUAGCUCUCCCUCCGAAUCAUCCCGACUUGGCUGGUUCCUACAACAGCAUCGGUUCGGUGUAUUAUGACAUGGGCGAGUACUCGAAAGCACUUGCAUCGUUUGAACGAUCACUUGAAAUCCGAAAAAUAACUCUCCCUCCGAAUCAUCCCUCCUUUGCUUAUUCCUACAACAGCAUCGGUUUGCUGUAUUCUCAUAUGGGCGAGUACUCGAAAGCACUUUCAUCGCUUGAACGAUCACUUGAAAUCCAAAAAAUACCUCUUCCUCCGAAUCAUCCCUCCUUUGCUUAUUCCUACAACAACAUCGGUUUGGUGUAUUAUGACAUGGGCGAGUACUCGAAAGCACUUUCAUCGUUUGAACGAUCACUUGAAAUCCGAAAAAUAGCUCUCACUCCAAGUCAUCCCGACUUGGCUGCUUCCUACAACAACAUCGGUAGUCUGUAUGGAAACAUGGGCGAGUACUCGAAAGCACUUGCAUCGUUUGAACGGUCACUUGAAAUCCAAAAAAUAGCUCUUCCUCCGAAUCAUCCCUCCUUGGCUUCUUCCUACAACAACAUCGGUUUGGUGUAUAAUGACAUGGGCGAGUACUCGAAAGCACUUUCAUCGCUUGAACGAUCACUUGAAAUCCAAAAAAUAGCUCUUCCUCCGAAUCAUCCCUCCUUUGCUUAUUCCUACAACAACAUCGGCAUAGUGUAUAGAAACAUGGGCGAGUACUCGAAAGCACUUCAAUAUUACGAAAAAGCUCAAGACAUCUGGAAAAAAUCAUUACCUUCAAAUCAUCCAUAUAUGGCAGUUGUGAAAAGAAACAUUGAUAAUGUAAAAAAGAGAAUGUAA